AUGAGUGCUCUUAGAGACCGUACUCACUCACGUAACGGAAGCACCAAAGAGUCCCAGGCCGGCAAUGCGUCCCUCACGUCGACCUAUCAGGCAUGGACUAUGAGUGAUUAUGACUCCUACCACCAAGAGUCCAUUACUUGUCACAAGACCGACCUUAUAACUUUAGAGAAGCCUUUCGACAACGACCCCAAUAUGGGUCCACCAUACCCACAAGAAAUCCCCUCCUUUGCAGAACUGCUGGAUAUCGAGACACACAUCAAUCCUGCAGAACAUGGCCAACAUCAAGGCCAGACUCACAACAAGGGUCGCAAGCAGAAGCCAGACUGCAGUAACCACGAGGCCAGAGACACGCCAAAGCGUCAAACGAAAGCUAGGAAGCAGAAGGGCAAUGAUCAAAACCAGCCUGAAUCAGCCAAUACAACCGCUCAUUAUAUCGCUGAUACUGGAUGUCAUCAAACCGGAACUUCUCAGCAACGCAAUAAGAGUGCCAUCACUCACAUCUCGGCUGAUUGGUAUAUUGAUGGCUCCAAUGAGUUGCAGGUUGGGCGAGACAAGACUAUGAUAGAAGAGUCAUUCAACACCAGUGAAAAUACUGCUGAUUUCACGCUGUACUAG